GGGACCCGCCGGGCGCUCCCGCGCGCACUCGACCGCCUGAGUGAUAUUAAAAAUGUCUGAAGAUGCUGGUAACACCUCAGGCACUGGAGACAAAGCAGAAAUUACCGAGAUGCCCAAUCAUGAUUCUUUACCUGGAGAUGCCGAGGUCCACCGUGAUUCAGCUCUGAUUUCAGAGGAACCAAUUCCAGCUGACCCUGGAGGAGACGUGCGGGCAGACACAGUUGAGGCUGCAGGGACUCCUGACAGCGAGCACCCCAUAGACACUGGUGCUGUGCAGCACCCCCACAAUGGAGAGGUGGCUGAAGGGGUGCUGGCUGAGUGCAUUGACUCCGUCAGUCUAGAGGCAGAACUUGGAUCUGAAAUACCGCUCAAAGAACAGAGUGAUCUGGCUGAGGCUGCGGACGCCCCUCCACGUGGUAGGGGAUGGACAGGCUGGGGCUCCUGGGGCAAAUCACUGAUCUCAUCAGCAUCUGCCACAGUAGGUCAUGGGUUGACAGCUGUCAAGGAAAAAGCUGGGGCCACCCUCCGGAUCCAUAGUGUAAACUCUGGCUCUCCCGAAGAGACCCAGCCUGACACAGUGAGUGGAGUUCCUCAAGCAGCAGACACACCCACAGAUCAGAUCGCUGCAGAAAGCCCACCUACUUCUCCUUCAUCAGGGUCUCGGGGUGUGCUGUCAGCCAUCAGCAGCGCAGUUCAAAACACAGGUAAAAGCGUCUUAUCAGGUGGUCUAGAUGCUUUGGAAUUCAUUGGCAAGAAGACCAUGAACGUCCUUGCAGAAAGUGAUCCAGGCUUUAGACGAACCAAGACUCUCAUGGAGAGAACUGUCUCCUUAUCUCAGAUGCUAAGGGAAGCCAAGGAGAAGGAGACACAGAGGCUGGCCCAGCAACUCACGGCUGAGAGAACUGUACACUACGGGACCCUGUUUGAUGAGUAUCAAGGUUUGUCACACCUCGAGGCCCUGGAAAUUCUGUCCAAUGAAAGUGAAAGCAAGGUUCAGUCAUUUUUAGCAUCACUUGAUGGAGAGAAGCUGGAAAUCUUAAAAAAUGACCUAAUUUCCAUUAAAGACAUCUUUGCAUCCAAAGAAUUAGAGAAUGAAGAGGAUAAAGCAGAACAAGGCUUAGAAGAAAAAGGAGAAGAAUUCGCCAGCAUGCUUACAGAACUUCUCUUCGAAUUACAUGUUGCGGCCACGCCUGACAAACUCAAUAAGGCCAUGAAAAAAGCUCAUGACUGGGUAGAAGAAGAUCAAACCACAAUGUCAGUAGAUGUGGCAGAAGAGUCGGAGGAGAAAACUAAGAUGGAAGAAAAAGAAAAGAUACCUGAACACCCCGAAGAACACAAAAAGGAAGAAAGAGUGAAGACGGUUGAGGAUAUCUGCAUGCUAUCCAUUGAAAGUCUGGCAGAAGUCACAGCACGCUGUAUAGAACAGCUUCAUAAAGUAGCUGAAUUAAUUCUUCAUGGACAAGAAGAAGAAAAAUCAGCUCAGGAUCGAGCAAAAGUUCUGAUAAAAUUAACUACUGCAAUGUGCAAUGAAGUACUCUCAUUAUCAAAGAAGUUUAUGAAUUCUUUAACCACUGCUGGGGCCGACAAGAAGGCGGAGGUCCUUAACCCCAUGAUCGAUAGAGUAUUGUUAGAGGGCUGCAACAGCACCACCUACGUGCAGGAUGCCUUGCAGCUGCUGCUGCCUGUUCUGCAGGUCUCACACCUCCGGACCAGCUGCUCGGGAGCACAGCCGUGACCUGGCCAGACUCCGUGGCGCGAAGGAGCUGCGGGCCUUGCUUUGGCACCUGCCAUUUAAGGGGCUGUUUUUACCUGCCGAUGCCCACUGAUGACACUACCGCAAUUUGCACAGACAAGUACAGAGAAUCCAAGUGUAAAGAGAGGAUCAUUACUGUUCAUGUAUAUGGUUGUUUUACAGAUAACUGUUUUCUUUGUGCUAAUUUAAACCUACACAAUUUUGUAUUGAUUACCUGUUAACUGAAAUUCAUUCACAAAUAUCCCCUUCCAUUUUCAUGGUCAGGCACACUCUAUUUAGGAAUUCAUGGGCAGAACCUGAACAUUUUUUUAAUCCGUUAAAUGUCCACCUUACAUCGCCCAUCCUUAUAGUAAUACUUUAAAUCAGUUGUCAUGGAUAUGUAGAUUCACAGAUCAUGGUAAAAGAGACCUAAGCUAUUCUUUUCAGUCAUUCAUUCUCAAAAUGAGCAUUCUUUGAGCACCUAGUGAAUGCUCACGUUAGAGAAACAUGGUCUCACAUGUUAGUAGAGACAGACAUUCUGAAAGUAUUUAUAAUAAUUCUUAAUAUGCUUGAAAAUAUUAAUAAAGUUUCUAAACCUUAAAAAAUAUGGAUGAUUGGAUAACUUUGGUGGGUUUUUCAAUAUUCUGCUCUUCGAUUUUUCGUAUUUUCUAUACUCCUUAAACUUUUCAUCCCAAAUUUACAUACAGAGUGAAAAUACAUAUGAAAAGUGGUACUAAAAAGUAUUUUGUCUAAAAUUCUAAUGCCCAAAAGUACGUGGCUAGCAUAAUUACAAAGCUUGGGAGUAUUCAAAUAGAAAAGUAAAGGGGUGUCACCAGAGACCCCUGGACUGCACUUUCUUUAGUGUGCAUUUUUAAAGUUGAAUCAAGCUGCUCUGUGAAUCCACAGAUAACCCCUGCUGGUCACACAUACUAUCAUUGCUUCUAAAGACCCGAACAUACCAAUGUGUGGGUUGGUGUGUGUGUUAUAUUGAUCCUUUAGUGGCACAGAAAAGACCCUGUGUCCUGGAGAGGCACGGCCGGUGUGUUCCUCUCCUGAGCUCUGCAGAGGCUUCCAGGUGAGGGCACUGUGAAGGCUUCUAGUUCAGAGCCCCAGGACCUCCCUGGCUCUCUGGCACAUGUCUUACCCAGUUGCACCCCAAAGCAGAUAAAAUCUGUAUCUUUUCAAAGAUGAAAGCCCCUUUCCUUUGCUUUUAUUCCUCUGCUAUAGCCCACUGCCUUUAUUCCAUACAUGCAAAGGAGGGACAUUUAAAUACCAUCCUACUUCUUAUUAGCAUUUCACUUGUCUACAUCCUUCAUUUGUGUAUCUCCUGAAACAGCCAAGUAGAAACCGUAAGAACAAUUUAUUUAUACUCUGGAAAAAAAAUUCUCUGAGGAAUCAAUUAAAGAUGCUGUUUUUCUACUUGCUUUUGGAUUGCCUGAAAUGUUUCUGUGAUUAAGUCUAGAGGACAAUUAACUGAUGAAAAUGUUGCCUUUACCUAUUUAUAAAUUUUAUACUGUUUUAGAGAGCAGAGGAAAGAACUUAGAUUUACAAUUUCUUCACAUCAUAUCUGUAGCACUAGAUGGAUUUAUAGAUGUUAACUGAAAUGUACAGAAAGAAACAAAUAUUUUCAAAGGAGCUACAUUCCCAGAUUUGAUUUAA